AUGGAAUUGCCUUCUAUGGAUGAUAUAAAAAGAGUGCGACAACUUGUAGAAACACUUACAGAACAACUUACAGUAAAUCAAGAAGCUAUUUCUAUCUUGAAAUGUCAGGUAGAGAUUCUUAAGCUAAAAUCAAAACAGGAUCAAUUGAUCAUUAUAGGGCCAUCGACUCGAAAUUCAAAUGAUUCUUUAAAUGAAAUUAAAGUUCAAGAAUAUGCUCGAUUAAUUCAAGAACAUCAAAAAUUAAAACAAGAAAAUGAUUCAUUAAAUAUGCUUCUUGAGAUGUAUGAGAAUGGUUUGAAUGAACAAGAUACAGCUAAAAAAACGCUACAAAUUCACCAAAACUAUCAAGAACAGCUUUCUAAGCAAUUUCAAGCGCAACAACAAUAUCAAAAAUCUUAUUUGGAUUUAAAAGCAAAUCUUUAUCAAAUUAAUGAUCUGAUAAAACAAGCAUAUGUAUCAGAAAGUCUUAGUGAAUCAGAAACAAUUGAAGCACUUAAAAUAGAAAAUAAAGAGCUUAGGGAAAUGUUUCAUUUAAAUGAAGAAUUAGAAUAA